AUGCAUCACCACCACCACCACCAGCAGCAGCUCAAGCAGCGAAAGGUGCAGCCGAACAACACCAAGCGCAUCGUCAAGCGCCAGUCCUCCUCCACCAUCGACAACUCGGCCAACUGCCUCUCCGGUGGUCUCUAUGUCGCCCCCGCCAGCGGCGCUCAGGUCCAGGUGACCAACGUCACCGAGAUCAAGUGGGACCAGUCGUGCCUCGACGCCUCCGUCUCCAAGAUCGACAUCUACGUCUACUCGCCCUCCAUGCCCGACCAGUUCCUCCCCAUCCACGUCAUGACCGGCAUCCCCAAGUCCGCACAGCUCUACAACACAAAGCUUGACCCGCGCUGGUGGGGUCGCGACCUCGCACACAACUCGUCCGUACCCGUCUCGUUCAACAUCGUGCCCGCUGGCAACGAGCCCUGGGACUCGUCCAACCCCAUGGGCCCCACCUUUGUCGCCAACUACAACGUCCCCGACCAGGGCGGCGAGUCCAAAGCAGCCACCUACUUUGGCAAGCUCACCAACUCGGUCAAGACCGCCUUCCUCGAAAACGGCCACCUCACCCCCGCCGGUAAGACCGCCGCCAUCGUCUGCCCGCUCGUCGUGCUCGGCGUCGCGCUCGGCCUGCUCGUCCGUCGCCUCCACAUCAAGCGCCACAACAAGACCGUCGACUGGGCCGACCACAUGGACAAGCGCAUGAGCAGGAUCUCGGUCGACUGGACCACCGGCGGCGACGGCUCCGCAGGCCCCGUCCCCGGCACCCGCCCCGCCUCCUACCUCUCGCGCCCCUCGCGCGACAUGGACGCUGCCGGCAACUUUGCCGGGCGUGGCGCCGGCGCGCGCAUCCCGCGCCAGAUGGACGACAUCACGCCCGCCUUUGCCACCGACGACGAGAUGCGCGAGGCGAGGCCGCGCGGCAUGUCGAUCUACGACGAGGGCAACCGCACCUCGCGCAUCUCGUUUGCCGACAACACGCGCGGCGACCGCAUCUCGCGCAUCAGCUACGCCAACUCGAGCGAUGCGCACGGCCGCUCCUCGUCGCACCUGCCGCGCGUCGGCCAGCAGGGCAACAUGCGCCGCUCCCAGCUCGUCGACUCGUACUACGACCCCGACGCGCCCGCCGUGCCGCAGCUCGACGCGCGCUACCGCGCCAGCGAGGACGUUCGCCGCUCGCGCUUCUCCGACGGCCUCAUCUACGCCGAGGCCGACGAGCUGCGCAACCCGCAGCACGAGGACGACGACGAGGUGCUCAUGAGCCCCACGCAGAACGAGGGCCCGCGUCCGCUCGGCGCCAACGACGUGGACCGCAUGCGCCAGAGCCUCGACGCCAACGCACGCAACUCGAUGCUCUCCUACCCGGCGCUCAGCAUGAUGCAGUCCGGACGCGAGGGCAGCGACGGCCACGACAUGUUUGACGGCCCCAACGCGGCGCGCCGCGUCUCGGGCGGCAGCGCCGACUCGUACAUCGACCACAUGCACUACCAGCACUCGGGCAACGGCGCCGCCGUCGCGCAUCUCGAGCGUACCGGUGCCGGUGUGUCGGCGCAGACGGGCAUGGCACCGCCGUCCAACUUUGCGUCGCCGGACGAGGCGAUGAAGCACUACGCCUCGCUGCGCGCCGGCAGCAGCGCGGUCGAGACGUCGGCGCAGAGCUCGAGGUCGCUCUACACUCCGGAUGCCGCCAACCACCGCGGCCACUCGAGCGUCGCUGGCUCGUCGCUCAACGAGGAGGAGGUGGUGGGCUACAACGAGAUGAUCGACCACGGCAACCAGUCGCGCUAG